CCUCCCUCUUGCAGUAUAUGAGAGGGUCUCCUGGGUCCGGCUCCACUGCAGUGGAGAGGAAGGGCAGGGCGUGCUUGCGUGUUCAGUACGAUGCGAUGAAGGAUGGUGCACCAGGAGAAACGCGUUUACCAGGCCCAGCGAAAUGAGAGAGAGUCUAUUAGGCAGAAACUUGCCCUGGGCAGUUUCUAUGACGACGAGCCAGUCAUCUUCACCAGCUGCAGCAAAAACGACCCGUCCUCUCGGUUCUACAGCGGAGUCAACCUGCAGGUGUGUUUUGUCAACGACAGCAGCAGCGACAAGGACAGCGAUGCCGAGGACAGCAGGACAGAGACCAGUUUGGACACACCCUUGUCACCAGUGAGCAAGCAAAGCUCGUCAUUAUCGGAUCGAGACACGGCGGAAGAGGACUCGGAUCCGCUGGACGACUGCGGCGGCUUCUGGCGGGUGCAGCGGAGGCUCCAGGAGGAGGCUCGGGUGGCUCUGGCUCUGGCUCGACCCAUGGCCCGUAUGCAGGUGGAGGUGGAGAGGCAGAUUCAGCAACACAGACGCUCGCCUGUGGCAGAUCUGCUUCCCAAUCUGCCUCACAUCAGCGAAGGUUUGAUGAAGAGGAAUCUGAGGCGAGGCGACAUGAGGGAUAUGAGUCUUGGGCAGCUACAAGUCAUCACAAACGACCUGCACUCGCAGAUCCAGAGUCUAAGUGAGGAGCUGGUGCAGCUGCUGCUGCUUAGAGACGAGCAGCACGUUGAGCAGGAUGCCAUGCUGGUGGACAUCGAGGACCUCACCAGACAUGCUCACAGCCAUCAGCGGCACCAGGCUGAGAAAGCAAACGCUAAAUGAAUUCCCGUGUGUCCAUCUGCACGCCAUCCGACGUAGUACCCACUCAAUGGAUUGUCACUUGUGUUGCCAAGGAAACUCCGUCUGUGCUGUCUGUGGAGAAAAGAAGAGGCCAUAUCGUGUUUGUACAUGCACAUCAAGUAUUACACCACUGGACCCAGUUGAUAGGUUUUUUGCUUUCCAUUCUGCUGGAUUAAAUAUGGCAUAUUUCAAAGAGUUAAAGGAAUCUUCCUGACAUAUUUCCAUUAUAAAACCAACCUUAUGAGUUUUUGCAAAGUACAUUCUUAGAGGGAUAGAAGGAGAGCACUUGUACACUUUGUUCUUUAUUUGUCCGUCGUAGUUGAAACUGGAAUUCACUGUUGCAAUAGAAAUGUAGUCUCCCGUGUUCAUUUAAAGCAUUGCUUCAAUGCUGCAGCACUACUGAGAAUUCCGAAGACGCACAACUGGAUGUACAACAAUCGCUGCUAUAUAGUGCAUACUUUUAUUUGUACUUUUUGAGCUUGACCUUUGCACAUUUCCAUUGCGUACAUCUGUACAACCCAUAAAGUACAUGAAAGGUAUUUUGUCAGAGUCGAAAAAGCAUCAUGGACUGCCUCAAAGCAAAUUUUCUUUUUUUUGAGGCUCAAUUUAAAAAGUAAGAAAAACUGAAUAACUACAUCCCAGACUGAACAUAUAUCUAUUUUAUGUGACAGAAAGGUUUAUGGACUGAAAGGAUGCCUCUUAAAGAAAACAAAAACACUUAUUGCUCAUUGUCAAUGUGUCCUUUUAGCAUAAAGUCAACUUUGUUUUUCUAUUGUAUGCUACGUGGAUACAUGUGCUGUAUAACGACUGUAAAGAUAUGGGAUAAUAAACAUUUUAAGUGUGUGGAAUGGC